CUAAAAUAACAUUUCAAAAAAUUACUUAUGCAAAGUAAGUACAGACUACAGUACUGUACAUCACAGCUAUCACUACACGCGAAAGUGGCUUAGUUACUGACACUGUGCGAACCAAAACCCAAACCCUAAUUCAGGGUUUAACUAACCAUCUCCAAAAUCAUCAUUCCCAAAUCAACCAACAAUGAGUUUCGCCGCAUACAAGAUGAUGCAAUGGCCAACCGGCGUAGACAAUUGCGCCUCCGGUUAUCUCACUCACUCCCGUUCCGAUUUCACACCUCGUAUUCCAUCUCUUCAACCCGACGACGAUCUUGACUCCGAUUGGGUCUCACAACCUCCUGACCUUGCUCCUGUUCCCAAUCUCGUCAUUACUGCUGCUAAUAUUCUUGAAGUUUACAUUGUUCGUCUUCAACAUGAUCCUCCUAAGUCUUCUUCUUCUGAUUCUCGUGUUCUCGAUGGGAUUGCCGGUGCUUCGCUUGAACUCGUUUGUCAUUACAGGUUGCAUGGUAAUGUUGAAAGCGUGGCUGUGUUGAGUGUUGGGGGUGGUGAUGCUUCUAGGAGGCGAGAUUCUAUCAUCUUAACUUUUAAAGAUGCAAAGAUUUCAGUUCUAGAGUAUGAUGAUUCUAUCCACGGACUUCGUACCAGUUCUUUGCAUUGUUUUGAGGGUCCAGAAUGGCUUCAUUUGAAAAGAGGUAGAGAACAAUUUGCUAUAGGUCCGGUGGCAAAGGUUGAUCCUCAAGGAAGGUGUGGUGGAGUUCUUGUCUAUGAUUUGCAAAUGAUAAUAUUAAAGACUACUCAGGCUGGUUCUGGUUUAGUUGGGGAGGAUGAUGUGUCAGGUUCUGGAGGUUCAGUUGCUGCUCGUAUCGACUCAUCUUAUAUGAUAAAUUUGCGUGACUUGGAUAUGAGGCAUGUAAAAGAUUUCACAUUUGUUCAUGGCUAUAUCGAACCUGUCAUGGUCAUCUUACAUGAACGUGAGCUUACUUGGGCUGGGCGUGUCUCAUGGAAAAAUCAUACUUGCACGAUAUCAGCACUUAGCAUAAGCACAACUUUGAAGCAGCAUCCACUUAUUUGGUCAGCUGUUAAUCUCCCCCACGAUGCCUACAAGCUUCUUGCAGUGCCCUCGCCAAUUGGUGGUGUUCUUGUCAUUGGUGCGAACACUAUUCAUUAUCACAGUCAGUCUGCUUCAUGUGCAUUGGCCUUGAACAGCUAUGCUGUUUCGCUUGAUAAUAGUCAGGAGAUGCCAAGAUCAAGUUUCAAUGUGGAACUUGAUGCUGCCAAUGCAACUUGGUUAGUGAAUGAUGUAGCCUUGCUGUCAACAAAAACCGGUGAACUGCUAUUGCUUACUCUUAUUUAUGAUGGAAGGGUUGUACAGAGACUUGAUCUUUCCAAGUCAAAAGCUUCAGUUCUAUCAUCUGGUAUUACGACAAUUGGAAAUUCUAUGUUUUUUCUCGCUAGUCGAUUAGGAGACAGUAUGCUGGUGCAAUUUUCAUGUGGAUCGGGUGUUUCAAUGUCGUCGUCCAAUCUAAAAGAAGAGGUUGGUGAUUAUGACGUAGAUGCUCCUUCAGCAAAGAGAUUGCGGAGGUCACCUUCUGAUGCUUUGCAAGAUAUGGUUAGUGGUGAGGAGCUCUCCUUGUAUGGAUCUGCUCCAAAUAGAACAGAAUCAGCACAGAAAUCUUUCUCGUUUGCAGUGAGGGAUUCAUUGAUAAAUGUUGGUCCUUUGAAAGAUUUUUCGUAUGGUUUAAGAAUAAAUGCUGAUGCAAAUGCUACAGGGAUAGCCAAACAAAGUAACUAUGAAUUGGUGUGUUGUUCUGGUCAUGGAAAGAAUGGUUCUCUGUGUGUUCUUCGGCAAUCCAUUCGUCCGGAAGUGAUUACUGAGGUUGAACUUCCUGGUUGCAAAGGAAUUUGGACUGUUUAUCAUAAGAGCACACGCUCAGUUAAUGCUGACUCAUCUAAGCUGGCUGAUGAUGAAGAUGAAUAUCAUGCGUACCUUAUUAUAAGUUUGGAGUCACGUACUAUGGUACUAGAAACAGCUGAUCUUCUGAGUGAAGUUACCGAAAGUGUUGACUAUUAUAUUCAAGGAAAAACACUUGCUGCAGGGAAUUUAUUUGGAAGACGUCGAGUUAUUCAAGUCUACGAACGUGGUGCUCGAAUUCUGGAUGGUUCUUUUAUGACCCAAGAUGUAAGCUUUGGAACUUCUAACUCUGAAUCUAGUUACGGAUCUGAGAGUGCUUUGGCACUAUCUGUUUCUAUAGCUGAUCCAUAUGUCUUGCUCAGAAUGAGUGAUGGAAGUGUUCGACUUUUGGUUGGAGAUCCUAGCACCUGCACCAUUUCUGUCACUUCUCCAGCUUCAUUUGAGGGAUCAAAGGGAUCGGUUUCAUCAUGUACACUCUACCAUGAUAAAGGACCUGAACCAUGGCUAAGGAAGACAAGUACUGAUGCAUGGCUUUCUACCGGGGUUGGUGAGGCCAUUGAUGGCACUGAUGGUGCGGUUCAGGACCAUGGGGAUGUUUAUUGUGUUGUAUGUUACGAAAAUGGCAACCUUGAAAUAUUUGAUGUACCCAAUUUCAGCUGUGUUUUUUCCGUGGAAAAUUUUCUGUCUGGAAAGAGCCACCUUGUUGAUGCUCUGACAAAAGAGGUGCCAAAAGAUUCUCAAAAGGGGGAUAAGGUUUCUGAUGGAGUGGUCAGCCAAGGCAGGAAGGAUGCCCUGAAUAUGAAGGUUGUGGAGUUGGCCAUGCAGAGAUGGUCGGGAAAGCAUAGCCGUCCAUUUCUUUUUGGGAUUUUGAGUGAUGGAACAACUCUUUGUUACCAUGCUUACCUUUAUGAAAAUCCAGACGGCACUUCUAAGGUUGAGGAUUCAAUAUCAGCUGGUGGGCCUAUUGGCCUUAGCAAUACUAGUGUUUCUAGGCUUAGAAAUUUGAGAUUUGUUCGUGUGCCCUUGGAUGUACAUGCCAGGGAAGAGACAUCAAAUGCAUCACCUUGUCAACAAAUUAAUAUUUUCAAGAAUAUUGGUAGUCAUGAAGGAUUCUUCCUAUUGGGGUCAAGACCGGCUUGGGUAAUGGUGUUGAGAGAACGGCUUCGUGUUCAUCCACAGCUAUGUGACGGGUCUAUUGUUGCUUUCACCGUCCUUCACAAUGUAAACUGCAAUCACGGCCUCAUAUAUGUUACAUCACAGGGUGUUUUAAAGAUAUGCCAACUGCCUUCUGGCUCAAACUAUGAUUGCUACUGGCCUGUACAGAAAGUUCCUCUUAAAGCUACUCCACAUCAAGUAACUUACUAUGCAGAGAAGAAUUUGUAUCCGAUUAUUGUUUCAUUUCCUGUUCCUAAACCACUAAAUCAAGUCAUUACUUUAGUUGACCCAGAUGCUAACAAUCUAACUGAGAAUCAGAAUUUGAAUUCUGAUGAGCAAAACCGCUUUUAUAGCAUUGAAGAAUUUGAGGUCCGUAUUAUGGAGCCAGAGAAGUCUGGCGGCCCUUGGCAAACAAAGGCAACAAUACCCAUGCAAAGUUCUGAAAAUGCUCUCACUGUUAGGAUGGUUACACUGAUGAAUACAUCGUCAAAAGAAAACGAAACACUUUUAGCCGUUGGUACUGCUUACGUGCAAGGAGAAGAUGUUGCUGCAAGAGGGCGUAUACUCUUGUUCUCUUUGGGGAGGAAUACUGAUAAUCCACAAGAUCUGGUUUCAGAGGUGUACUCAAAGGAAUUAAAAGGUGCUAUAUCUGCCAUGGCCUCACUUCAGGGUCAUCUAUUAAUUGCAUCUGGUCCAAAAAUUAUCCUUCAUAAGUGGACCGGCACUGAGUUGAAUGGUGUUGCAUUUUUUGAUGUGCCACCACUGCAUGUUGUGAGCUUAAAUAUUGUAAAGAACUUCAUCCUUAUUGGCGACAUCCAUAAAAGCAUAUAUUUUCUUAGUUGGAAAGAGCAGGGUUCUCAACUUAGUUUGUUAGCCAAGGAUUUUGGUUCUCUUGAUUGUUUUGCUACAGAAUUUUUGAUUGAUGGAAGUACUCUGAGUCUCAUGGUUUCAGAUGAUCAAAAAAAUAUCCAGAUUUUUUACUAUGCACCAAAGAUGUCUGAGAGUUGGAAAGGACAGAAGCUUCUUUCAAGAGCUGAAUUUCAUGUCGGGGCACAUGUGACUAAAUUCUUAAGGCUGCAGAUGUUAUCUACUUCUGGUCCAGGCUCAGAUAAAACCAAUCGUUUUGCCUUGUUAUUUGGUACAUUGGAUGGUAGUAUUGGUUGCAUUGCUCCUCUUGAUGAAAUCACAUUCCGUAGACUGCAGUCUUUACAGAAAAAGCUCGUUGAUGCCGUUCCCCAUGUUGCUGGCCUAAAUCCAAGAGCUUUCAGAUUGUUCCAUUCAAAUGGAAAGGCCCAUCGACCAGGUCCCGACAGUAUAGUUGACUGUGAGCUGCUAUGCCAUUAUGAAAUGCUUCAAUUGGAGGAACAGCUUGAAAUUGCUCACCAGGUUGGAACAACUCGAUCACAAAUUCUCUCAAAUCUAAAUGAUCUGUCUCUUGGAACAAGCUUCUUGUGAGCACGGUCGUCAAUUGUAAAUUGAGAAACAAUGCUGCGUAUGUUCUUGGCAGAGUUAUUUAUUUUGGUGAAGUUGCACUUAUUUUAAAUUGCUUCAACAUGUUUGAAAGCUUGGGUAAGUCAUUAAACCAUAGUCGCACUAUCCUACCGUCCUUGAAGCAGUUGAUACAGGCAAGCCUUUGGACGGGGAUAUCCAAAAAUUGACUCCAAUCGUAUGUUCCAUAUCUGUAUAUCAAAGUUUAAAUUGUAUUAUCCUUCAUCCUGGAGCAAUGAAGUUAUUAUUUUCUCGGCUUGGUUCCGAAGGGAUGAGUGUGUCAAAUUCCCAAAUGGGAUGUAAUGUAACAUUAAUUUUGUUAAUUUGUUAACCUAGAGAAACAAUUUGGAAAACUGAACUAUUAGAAUGUAGGUUCUUUUCUGAAUGUCAGCAUUAAGAAUUCUUUGUAACAUUAUGUGUAAUUAAUCUUUUUUCUCCGCAUAGUUUACAAAUGAAUGACAUUGUAAUUUAACUUCCAUA